ACAUUUUUUACAUUGAUUUGUGAAGAGAACAUUAUUCUUUUUUUUUUCUUCUUUGUCGAAAAGUUAGAUGACAAUGCCAUUUUCUGUAAAGUUUUUGAUUCAACAAGAGAACACUCAAACAAAAAAAGCUUCCUCCAUCUCCUCUCUUUUCUUAACAUUGAUGUCCUUCUCUUCUUCAUAAUACCACAUAUUUACAUCAACCGUUUCUAGUGAUUUGAUUGAUUUUCAGCAACGGGUUUCGCUCUAGCGGCCUAAAAAAUGGCAGAGAGUCGGGUGAAGAAAAAGUGGCGUUGUGGAUUGUUGGGUCUUGUUGGUAGAUGUGGCUUAAGGUCCAAGAAAUCUACAGCUACGAAUGGUGGUAGCAAUAAAAGCACAAUGAGCAGCAGCAACGCCUCCACAGCCUGCAUCAACACCCCUAAUAUUCAGUUCACUAAAUCUCCAGGUAUCGAAUUAAGCGCCAAAAAGCUUCAAGAACACAAAGUUUCACCUGAGCCGAUCCAGUUACCGGACCAGAUACAAAACCCUAUUUCAAAACCCUCAUCGAAUCAAAACCCUAAUAACCAACAUCCAGACAAUGACGGGAAUCAACAAGAGAGUACUAAUCCAGAGCCGGUCCAACAACAAGCGAGGAAGGUUCCAAGGGAAGCUAUCGGUUUAUCCGGUGAGCUAGAGAGUAUGAUCAUGGACAAUCAGAAAGCCAAAGGGAUCAAAGGCUCUAUGGUUCGAGCAUCUUCAGGCAAUGUGAUGUUGUUUGGCAAUCUUGGGAAUUUGAAGCAGCCCGGCACAACAGCGGUCGGGAAACAAAACCAAACCAAUGUUCAAAACAAUGAAGAAAGACAAACAUCAGACGUUGUUGCACCAACAACAUCGGUUUCAGAUAACCAAGAACAGCCAGGAUCUUUGUGUAGGGAGGUGUCCACACGAAUGGAUCCAGAAACGUUAAAGACAAUGGGGAACGAAGAUUACAAGAACGGGAACUAUUUAGAGGCCUUAGCGUUGUAUGAUGCUGCCAUAGCCAUUGAUCCGAAAAAGGCUGCGUACCGUAGCAACAAAAGCGCAGCGUUAGCAGCAUUGGGGAGAAUCCUCGAAGCAGUGUUUGAGUGUAAAGAAGCAAUACGAAUAGAACCUCAUUACCAUAAAGCUCAGCAUCGGUUGGCUUACUUGUACCUCAGGUUAGGCGAGGUGGAGAAUUCAAUAUAUCAUUUCAAGCAUGCGGGUCCAGAAGCAGACCAAGAAGACGUUUCAAAGGCUAAAACUGUACAAACACUUCUCAACAAAUGCACUGAAGCCAAAAGAUUACGAGACUGGAACACUCUGAUAAAAGAAACAGGAAACAUAAUAGAUUCAGGAGCAGAUGCAGCUCCUCAUGUAUAUGCAUUGCGAGCAGAGGCCUUUCUGAAGAGUUACAGACAUCAAGAGGCAGAUGAUGCUUUGUCUAGAUGUCCGGUUCUUGAUGUGGAAAUGAGCACAAAAUAUUACGGACCGAUCGGUUACGCUGGUUUCUUGGUCGUAUGGGCUCAGGUUCACAUGUCUUCCGGAAGAUUCGGAGAAGCGGUCGAGGCGAUUCAGCGAGCGAAGAAGCUGGACGGGAACAACAGGGAAGUGAGCAUGGUUCUACGGCGUGCGCAGGCGGUUAUGGAGGCGAGAUCUAAAGGAAAUGAUUUCUUUAAAGCCGGACGGUUUCAAGAAGCUAGCGCAGCUUAUGGUGAAGGGUUAGACCAUGACUCGAGAAACUCAGUCUUGCUAUGUAACCGAGCGGCUUGUCUGUCCAAAAUGGGGCAAUUUGAAAGAGCGGUAGAGGAUUCCUCGGCUGCACUCGCUGUCCGUCCUGCCUAUGCCAAGGCUCGACUUAGAAGAGCUGAUUGUAACGCUAAGCUUGGGAAUUGGGAAUCAGCUAUUAGAGACUACGAGAUACUAAGAAAAGAGACACCUGAAGACGAGGAAGUGAUCAAAGGACUGUCGGAGGCUCAGAAGCAGCUCAUGGAACGCUCUGACCACCGUGAGAUCGACCAGGAAGUUACUAACUGAGGAGAGUCUUGUUU